GCCGCAGGGUUGGAGCGGGCGCGGGGGCGCGCACCGGCCUGACGGACGGACGGACGGACAGACGGACGGAGCGCCGCUGCGAGCGCGCAGCUUGGACCCGCUCGAACGCAGCGCUCGCCCGGAGCGGAGGCGAUCACCCGCGCCGGUCCGGCGGCUGCGGCGCCCGCCCUCGCCCGCGCCCCAUGGGGUCACAGACACAGUGCUGUUGACCUCGUGUCCUGUCAGCAUGACUUCUGUAUGAAUGGGGAGCCGGAACAUUCAGCUGACGUGGCUUCACUGUGGCGUCUGGAGCCCAGCCGGCAGCGUCUCCCAGCGUUGCCGAGUCGGUAGAGGAGGCAGAGUCCCGGCUUCCAGAUGAACAACCGGAAGGAAGACAUGGAGAUCGCGUCCCACUACCGGCACCUGCUGCGGGAGCUGAACGAGCAGAGGCAGCACGGCGUGCUCUGCGACGCGUGCGUCAUCGUGGAGGGCAAGGUCUUCAAGGCGCACAAGAACGUCCUGCUGGGCAGCAGCCGCUACUUCAAAACACUCUACUGCCAGGUGCAGAGGACGUCCGACCAGGCCACGGUCACGCACUUGGACAUCGUCACCGCCCAGGGCUUCAAGGCCAUCAUCGACUUCAUGUACUCCGCCCACCUGGCCCUCACCAGCAGGAAUGUCAUCGAGGUGAUGUCCGCCGCCAGCUUCCUGCAGAUGACGGACAUCGUGCAGGCGUGCCACGACUUCAUCAAGGCCGCGCUGGACAUCAGCAUCAAGCCGGACGCCUCGGACGAGCUCUCCGACUUUGAGAUCGGCGCCCCACCGGGCAGCAGUACAGACGCGCUGAUCUCGGCCGUGAUGGCCGGAAGGAGCAUCUCCCCGUGGCUGGCUCGGCGCACGAGUCCCGCCAACUCCUCCGGAGACUCGGCCAUCGCCAGCUGCCACGAAGGAGGCAGCAGCUGCGGGAAGGAGGGCCAGGAGCCCAAGGCCGACAGCCCGGACGGGGGUUCCAUGCAGUCGCUGUGGCCUGGUGACGUGGGCUACGGGUCUCUGCGUGUCAAGGAAGAGCAGAUUUCGCCAAGUCAUUACGGAGGGAGUGAGCUGCCGUCUGCCAGGGAUGGUGCGGUACUGAACUCUUUCUCCGAGCAGGCUGGAGGGGACGGCUGGCAGCCCACGGGCCGAAGGAAGAAUCGGAAAAACAAGGAGACCGUCCGGCACAUCACGCAGCAGGUGGAGGACGACAGCCGGGCUGGGUCCCCAGCGCCCCCUUUCCUUCCGACGUCCGGGUGGCCGUUCAGCAGCCGAGACUCAAAUGUGGACGUGACCGUCACCGAGGCCAGCAGCUCUGACAGCCGUGGGGAGAGGGCCGAGCUCUUCAGCCAUGUGGACGAGGGCCUCCUGGGAGAAGCCAGCUGCCUGGGCCCACCCCUCACCCCUGAGAAGGAAGAUGCUCUGCACCAGGCCACAGCGGUGGCCAGCCUGCGGGCGGCUCUCCUGAGUAAGAACAGCCUGCUGUCUCUGAAGGCCGACAUGCUCGGGGACGACAGCCCCCUGCUCCUGGAAUGCCUGCCCAGAGGCGCCCACUCCCUGUCCUUGAACGAGUUCACGGUGAUCCGGAAGAAGUUCAGGUGCCCGUACUGCAGCUUCUCGGCCAUGCACCAGUGCAUCCUGAAGCGCCACAUGCGCUCCCACACCGGCGAGCGGCCCUACCCCUGUGAGAUCUGUGGGAAGAAGUUCACACGGCGUGAGCACAUGAAGCGGCAUACACUGGUGCACAGCAAGGAUAAGAAAUACGUGUGCAAGUUGUGCAGCCGCGUGUUCGUGUCAGCCGCCAGCGUGGGCAUCAAGCAUGGCUCUCGGCGCCACGGCGUGUGUGCCGACUGCACGGGCCGUGGUGUGCCUGGCUCCCUGGACCACGGUGGCGCCGAGGGCUCCCCUGAGCCAUUUGCCGGUGACGGGCCCUACCUGGAGGAUCCCGACGACCCGCGCGGGGAGGGCGAGGAGUUGCUGGGCGAAGACGAGGACGACGUGGGCCUGGCCCACGAGGACACCAUGCUUGGGGAAGACAAGGACGAUGAGGACUCGCCUCCUGGUUCCCGCAGUCCCUCAGGUGUGCCCGACAAGGACUUCGCCUGGAUCUCCUAGGCCCCCGGCUGGGGGCUGGGGUGGUGGCAGUGCCGCCCCCUGUACCUGUGUGUGCGUCCUUAGGGGUCUUCAUUCACUGGGGGCGGAGCCACGCUGACCCGUUGCAGGCCCUCCUCUGGGUAACCCCUUUGUUCUGCUCUCGUCGCCCAGACACACACAGAGAAGCUGGCCCUGUGGGCUCAAGCAGGUGCAACCCUGGCAGGCAGGGUGCUCUGGGACCGAUCACAAAGUUGGAGGGGCAGGGUGGGUUUGAGCGAAGUGAGAGUUCAUAUUCCCACCCAUCUGAGGAGACAGAGCCCCCCAAAGGUGUGUGUGGGCUGGGCAUCAAGUGCCCAUGUGGCCCAUCUGGCCUCGGGACCCGUGGUAGCUCAGUGGCCAGGUCAGGUCAGCACUGGUUGGAGUCACGAGAGAGGUCCCUGAUGUCACAGGUCCGGGAGAUGUAGGAGGGCUUGGGAGCACCGGAGGCCUUUCUAGUGCCCAGUCCCCCUGCCCCUCCCAGCAGUCCGGUCACCACCUGUGGCCACGGCCGUGGCAGCCUUCACCCCACUGGCUCCACUGCUGUCCGGCGGCCUGCAGAAUCCAGGUCCAGUGUACAGAAAGCCCCGCAGCCCUCCUGCCUCUGGGCUUUGGUGCUUAACACAAAACAGCUGCGCAAGUCCUACUGGGGCCGAGGGCUCCCAGGUGCUAUCUUCCUGCAGAGGCAGCAGGUGGGACCGGCAUGCUGUGCUUGACCCCGCAGGGCUCCCUGCCCCCAUCUCAGCCCACUUGGGGUCCCCUUGGGGGGGCUCUGCUCUUUGUGCACUUCUCCAGAGAGCCUGGGCCGCUAUUCCCUGGCCCUGCCUCCUGCCGCUCCCAGGCCAUCCCUGCUGACCCUCUGGGCGCUUCCUUCGUUGCUGCUAACGCUGGAGGCGGUGUCUCGUGCUGCUCGGCCCCCGCCCCCCACCCCCACCCCAGUGUGGGACCAGGUAGUGGCCUAAGGGUCCGAGACACAGGGAGGCAGUGUCACAGUUACUCUGCUCGGCAUUAUUUCUCUCUCUUCCUUUGGCUUCCUGGCAGGUCCUCUUGUCUUUUUAAAGAGCUCACAACCUAUUCUUUUUUCUGAGUGGAAAGCAAAGGCCUCGCUGUGUUGUGGACCCCCUGGGCUGCAGGACAGACCCUGUCCAUCUGUCGGCAUCCCUGUCACGGCUGUUUCUGACCCUCUCUGUGUUGGAGACACCAUUCUAUUUUCUGCUUCCACAGGCUGUAAGCCAAAUGGCUUUUACCAAGUUUUUAUCAUGUCAAAUCUAACCUUCCUGUAAAAACAGGAAGUCCCAUGAGACCCUACGUUAGGCCCACGGUGCCGCUGCAGGGGUGGGCCCAGGCUGGCCCGUGAGGGUGUGUGGGGCACGGUGCUGUCUUUGCUGUGCAGCCGCAUCCACAGUCGCGGCUGCUGUCCUUGCUCUUAAUGCCAGACGCCCCUGAUGUCAGUGGAGCUGUCAGCUGGCUGCCUGCACUCACGCCCUCAGCGGGGACCCCAAACUCAGUGCUGACAUCCUUGAGGGAAAGGCCAGGACAGUCCGCCCACUCUUCCUGCUGCUGGGCGAGGCCAGUGGGGGGCCUGGGUGGGCUUCCUCCCCUGCCUUUCACCUGUACUGGCCCUGGGCUGGGGCUCCCACAACUGUGUGCCUCCCCCUCCUUCUGACCCUUCUCUGAACAGGCCACUUAUAGAUGCAUUUGGAAACUGGACCUUUGCCGACAGUGCUUCCGGGUCUCGUCCCCCCUCCCACGGCCGCCUCUGCCCCCACUCGCAGGAAGGACGUCUUGCUCUUUCUGACCUGCUUGCUCCCUGCUCCGGACCACCCUUGCUGACCUUUUUGGGGGUUUGAUCGGUGCCACAGGGGCACUUUUUUCCUCCAAACUGAUACUCUACUGGAAAACCAAGGGGCCCCUUCUGCCCACUGAGUCCCCCAAGGUCUGCUGCGUGGCAGGGUUGCUCUUCUGGUGCAUUUGGCUAGUGGAGUUACAUGUCAGAGAUGGCGAUGAACACGCCACCUCGGGAGGCCUGGAGGGAAGAGACGGUAAUGGAAGUUUUUUUUAUGUGACUGUUUUUUUUUUUAUUCAAUGUUUAAACUAAUAAAUAUUUUUUUAUGAAGAGGAAAAAACGUGUAGAUUACAUUUCCCAUUUUGUACUUUUUCAUUUGUCUGUGCAUAUUUUGGUGUUUGCAACACCAAAGUGGAAAAUGACAGUCCACAGGGUGGUGAGUUCUGCGUGGGGGCGGCGGGUGGGGAGACCAUGAUUUUUCUAUCAAGCUCUGGAUCCUGACCAGGUUGUAUAUUUGGACUCUGGGUUUUGGGAAACAGUCACAACACUGCCAGGACUCAAUAGGGACCUCGACUCAAAGGACACGCUGCUUCCAACUUUGCACAUCUUCCUUCUUAAAAAAAAACAAACUGAGAAAUGCAAAAACUGGAACUUUUUGCAUUAUGAAAGAUAAUCUUAUUUUCGCUCAUUCUGUGACAUGUACAACUCUUAAGAAAGCCAUACUUAAUGGUUUUGUGUUUAGAUCCUAUAUUGUGUUUAGUAUGUGGCCCUUUCAGAACUACCUGUAGUGAGGGGUGCUGUGUGUGCUUUUCUUAAAUAUUUAUUUUUUCAACAUGCUUUCAACCUGUCAACAAAAAGAGCAACCAAACAAGGGCAGUGUUUAAGAUUGUUGAUUUUUUUCUGGGGAUGAUCUAUAUUACACCGACUUUAUAUUAAUUAUCAUAAACCUGUGUUUGUACUGGAGAUGUGGUUGAUAUUGGGGGGUCUUCAGUGGUUGGUCGGUGGGGAAUCCGGCUCCAUCCCCGCAGCCACGGGACAGGGGUAUGGCACCUUCCUCCAGCGGUCCUGCCUUGUCUGCCUGUGGGUUUCUUUUCUGUGGUGGGAUUAGCUUAGACAUUCUUGCAAAGCUAUCAGUGUCAAUAAAUUGGGAAAUUGCUGCUCCA